CCGCUCUUCCGGACAAGACAACCAUCGUAUAAAUAUAGUUGAUGAAUCGAAGUAUCACGAGUAAUAUUGACGAAGCAUGUGACUGGCCCAUCAAGCAACGUGACUUGACGAUACGAGCAUUUUCUCAUUUCUCACAAUAGUCGAUUCUUCUAAUGAAUCGAGUCCUCCAUUCCUCCAGGUACUUAACCAAAACGUCUGCAAAACUGAGCAUCAUGACAUUUAAUAGCACCCUCGGCGGUGCUUCGGCCAACUACUCGAUUCAAUCGGCUACCAUUGACAGGACCGCCUUUACCGCGAAGGACACGGUAGAGUACGUCUGGAAAGGCCUGGGCCUUCCGGAGGAGUCUCUCCAGUCUUUGCAUAUUGAGGGAAAUGAGCUUGGCCUUCCCUCAUCGUUUAAGAUAGCAGAUCUUGCUCAAGCAACAAUUAGUCUGUCUGCAUUGCUUGCAGCUCAAAUUCAUGCCCUUCGCAAUUCCAUAUCACCUCCGAUUGUAACAGUCCCGCGGCGGCAUGCCGUGAUCGAGUUUAAGUCGGAGAGGCUUUAUUCGUUCCCUGGUCAGUCUUUACCCGACACAUGGGGUCCUCUGAGUGGACUGCACAAAUCCUUAGAUGGAUACGUACGAGUGCACGAUUCCUUUACCAACCACCACAAUGGUGCAACGGCUCUUGUAGGAUGCCGACCGGAUGUCGAUCGCACUGAGUUUGCUUCCAAAAUCGCGUCGUGGCGUUCAGUGGACCUAGAAUCUGCUGCGUUUGAGGCCAAUGUGGUGAUCUCUGCUCUUCGCAGCUACUCAGAAUGGGACGUCCUCCCGCAAGCGCGCGCCAUUGCCGACUUCCCUAUUCUCCUUCGGAAGAUUGGGGAUGCACCCGUUGGUCUUCCCCAGGAGAUGCGUGCAGCAAAUGCUGACAAAUCUCUCCGCGGACUUCGAGUCUUGGAGUUCUCUCGGGUGAUAGCUGCGCCGUUAUCUGGGAGAACAUUGGCUGCUCACGGUGCAGACGUUCUCUGGGUGACGAGUCCAAAUCUUCCCGACCUCCCGGUCUUGGAUCGUGAUCUCGGUCGUGGGAAAAGGACAGUGCAGCUUGAUUUGCUGACAGAAGAGGGUCGUGAGGAUCUCACCCGGCUCCUUGAGGACGCUCACGUCGUCAUUCAAGGGUAUAGACCUGGUAGUCUGGCUUCCCGUGGUCUCUCGUCUGAAGUACUUGCUCAACGAUUCUCGCAUCGCGGUAUUAUCUGUGCCAAUCUCUCUGCCUAUGGGCCUUCUGGGCCAUGGUCAGACAAGCGUGGUUUUGACUCACUGGUCCAAACAUGCUCCGGCAUGAAUGUGUCCGAAGCGGAACAUUACGGUGCUGGGGAGCCUGCUCGACCCAUGCCAUGCCAAGCUUUAGACCAUGCAGCAGGUUACUUCCUCGCGUCAGGUGUUCAAGCUGCUCUGUAUAAGCAAGCUACAGAGGGUGGUUCAUGGGAGGUCAACGUUUCCCUUGCUGGGGUAAUGAAAUAUCUGCGGUCGCUUGGACAAUUCACCGGUAGAGAUGGUUUUCAGUCACAGGACUAUACAUGCACUGCCGAUGUGCCCCCGGAAUAUCUGGAGACAAGGCCAACAGGCUUUGGUGAAAUGACCGCUGUGCGUCAUUCCGCCUCAAUUCAAGGGGUUAAGGUUGGAUGGGAUAUCAUGCCGAAGCCCUUAGGUUCGGAUGAGAAGAAGUGGCUAUAGACCGCCGGUUAUACGUUCAGAUCAGCCCAUGCACAGUAGCUCUUUAUCCCCGCCCUUGGCUCAGUAACUAGGUCGUCUUCCCUCCUAGAGCUCUAGUAGACGAACGAAAGAACAUCUCCAAUCCCUGAGUUCAAUGCUAUGUACAGGCGAUGAUGCUCAUCGUUAAGUCGUAAGGCGAUUUGAGAGUGUUUUGGUCAAGCUCGAUAUUUCUUGCAUUCAAACAACACCUAUCAACCCUGGGUAAGCAAAACAAGAUGUGGCUAUUCAAGGAAAACAUAUGUGAUAUGCUAGGCAGGAAGUCUGAAAGCCUGGCUAUGUAUGCUAUACACCAUCUAAUGGGAAAAGUAGAGGAGGCUGCGGAAUUGGAUAUACAAUGCAGUUUCGUAUAUACAAUCAAAUGAAGUGUCAGGUUGCAAACACAAUA